CGUGUGUGUGUGCGUGUGCGGCAGUGUGCGUGUAGCCAUCGUAGUGAGAGGUGGUGCGUCGACGCUUCCCUUCUUCGGCCCCUCGCGUGUGUGUGUGUAUGAGAUAGUAAUGUGCCAAGUCCUCGUGUCACUUGACGGACAGAACUGAGAAAGGAUUUUUUGUAGUACACUUUGCAAACAGUGAAUGAACAGAGAGUUGAGUGGCGCCGUGAUGGACGCGCCUGCCCUCUAGCACCAUGGAGCGACGACUCAAGCUGAAGUCGCUGAAGCGGGUCUACAGCCAGAAGGUGACGGGGGCCGAGCGGCGCGAUGUGGGGCUCCGCUCCCCGGGGGCCCCCAAGAAACCUUUGGUCAAGUCUCUCUCAAUGGACUGGCGCCUCACCCUCGGGUCCACCCUGGACCCGGAGCCCCCGGGACUCCACAGGAUUGAUGAGUUGGACUUGAGUUCAAGCCAACACCUGUGUCGGAGCGCCACCUGCCCCAGCGUGCCCGCUAUGGACCCCCAAGCCUCCCCGCUGCCGGCGCGCCCCACCCCUGAGUCUGUUCGUAGCUCCCCCGCCACCUCAGGGCUUAGGUCCCUGGGCAGGGGGGUGGGCACGCCCCUGGUGCGCUCCCAUGAAGACCCUGGACCCACCACCCCCGGCAGCGACAAGAGGCCGCACCGAGGACUCCGCCGCACCCGGUCUCGGCCGGAGGGUCCGGCGCCCUCGUUCGGGCCGCGAGCUGCCGCCGCCAUGGAGGCCGGGGGCAGCCUGGGCGCCAGCGUGGGCGGCACCAUCAAGCGAUACGUCAGCCUCCUGAGGAGCCGAUCGGCUGUGUCUCACCGGGAACGCCCCAUCUUGGGCCGCAUCAGUCCAGGUACAGUGUGUGUUUGUGUAUUUACCUUGCUGUAGGCACCCAGCCGUACUAGAAUUAAGUGUGAUCGUCUUGCCUUGUCUGUAGUCUUAUACAUUUCAUCCAGUCACACUCACACGGAUCCCAGGCUGCCGCCAUUCCGUCUUGCCAAAAAGUGACUGGCGACAGAGUGAAAGGAAAGCGCCUAAUUUGUCUCCGGGUUGCUCGGGCUCCGACAGGUGACCUUUCCAUUGUAAUGACUCGAGUGUCUUAAUCACUCUAACAAGUCUC